AUGGCUCCCGGCUGGCUUGAAAAGUUCAUCGUCCGCGUAGACGCCACCCCGGACAAACGCCGCACCGAAGAGACACCUGCCCUGGAAAUCCACUACACCGCGCUCAAAGAUCAUCGCCGCGUCCUCGGCGUAAAGGGCGACACAAUACCGCGAUACGAAGUAAAACGGCAAGCAGUCCUCGCAGCCUGGGGAGACAAGUGCUAUGUCACAUCACCCUCGAAUGGAGGCCAAGAAGUGGCCCUGAUCGAUUUCCACACCCUGCCUGCCCAGACCGAGAUCCAAUUCUCGCAACGUGCGCUCAAGAUCGAUAUCAAAGAGAGCGAUGGGAAGUACGAGUCAGGCGAGCUGGGCAAUGUGCAUUGGAAGGCGACGGGUAUGAAGGCGUAUGGACGGGCGUCGUGGGAGCUGAGGAAUGAGGCGGAGAUGAUUUUGUCUGUCACGAUUGACGAUCAUCAAGUCAAUGGUGUGAUUUCUGUCUGGAAGAAGAAUAUUGGACAGGAGGCUGUCGAGGAAGUUGUCAUGGUUGGGCUUUCCAAGAUUGAGGAGUACAGGAGAAUGAUGCGGCAUGCCAAGACAUCUAGCAUUGGAGUUGCUGCCAAUGCGACGUGGUUGGCGGCGUAG